AAGGUGGGCGGGGCUAGGCCGGAACUGCUGGUGGGAGGCAGCAACCUGAGAUCAUCAGGCCACCUCUGGACUGGCGGGUGCAGGGACUGGUCCCAGAGUUCAGGGUGGAAGUCGUUUGGAAAUCCCAGCGCCAACAGGACCUUUUGGCAGCCGAGGCUGGAAGCAGCGGAACGAAAGGCAGACGGUCGUCAGUUGCUGGGGCGGACGUGGACCCAAGCUGUCCGUCCUUGCAAGUUUCCCCCAGGAUUAGGACCCAGACGUGCGGCAAAUUCAGGUUCUCCGGCACCGUAGUGGUAGCCACUGGCCCAAGUUGGAGACCAACUGAGAAGUCUUCGUGCCUCAGAUUUGUUGACCUACAGAAUGCUUCGGUAUCAAUAUUUUUGUAGAACGUAUAAAGAAUAUCUUAAAUGUUGGUUGGAAUCUGGCAUACCUAAUUUAGCUGUCUGGCCAAAAAGAAUACAUACUACAGUAGAAAAAUAUAAAGAAUAUGAAGCCCAUGAGCAAACAGAUCAAACUCAAGCCCAGGAGUUACGUAGAUCUCAAGACGGAAAUUUUGACACUAUGGUUAAAUUACAUAUUCCAGUAAUGGUGGAUGAAGUUGUUCAUUGUUUGUCACCGCAGAAAGGACAGAUUUUUCUAGAUAUGACAUUUGGUUCGGGAGGACACACAAAAGCCAUUCUACAGAAGGAGUCAGAUAUUGUCCUGUAUGCCUUGGACAGAGACCCUACUGCUUAUGUAUUAGCUGAACAUCUUUCAGAGUUGUAUCCUAAACAAAUCCGAGCUAUGCUGGGCCGGUUCAGCCAGGCAGAAACCUUAUUAAUGAAAGCUGAAGUGCAGCCAGGGACUUUUGAUGGAGUUCUUAUGGAUCUUGGGUGUUCCUCCAUGCAACUUGAUACUUCUGAAAGAGGUUUUUCCCUUCGGAAAGACGGCCCCUUGGACAUGAGGAUGGAUGGUGACAGGUACCCUGACAUGCCCACUGCUGCUGAUGUUGUGAAUGCUUUAGAUCAACAGGCACUUGCAUCUAUCCUAAGAGCAUAUGGGGAGGAGAAGCAUGCCAAGAAAAUCGCUUCAGCAAUUGUUCAGGCACGCAGCAUCUACCCCAUUACCAGAACCCAGCAGCUUGCCAGCAUCGUUGCAGGUAGCCUCAUUAAUUCUCAACAGUACCUAAGAGAAAAAAAUUAUAUUUUCAUGUGUGUGUGUGCGCUUGUGUGUAUGCAUGCAUGCACAUACAUGUAUGUGUGCAUUAAUCCCCCAAACUCCCAGAGGGAUUCAUUUGUACUUGAAAUCACGCAGGUUAGAAUCUUGCCUAUCCUUUUCCAAUAUCAGUUUUCUUUUGCUUUUGCAAGCUUCUCCCCUUCAAAACCUCUCCCUCACAUAAAAAGUUUUUUAAAAUGUACUGUAGUUUGAUAAUUUGUGUAAUGUGGAUUUUUUUAACAUAAGAUAAUGUAUCAUUUGUGCCUACCAAGGUGAAACAUGGAAUGAUGAGCCAAAGGAUUUCUUGAUCCAUCACAAUGGUUGAUAAGCACCCUGUAUAAGAUCUGACAUUACUUCUCUUAGCUUCACAUUUCUGCAUUUUAAUAUUUUGGGCAAAAGGAGAAUUGCAUUGCCCAAAUGCUAAAAUAAAAUCCAGUGACUCAUAUUUCUAUUCUAAACAACCAGCUAACAAAGGGUAUGUGAUGUAUAGGUUAUUCCACUUUGUGAAUGCUAACUAAAUCAGCCUGAGGGGCUUAUUGAAACGUUUCAUCUUUUCUGCUAUUCUGCUAUUCACCACCAUAAACCUCUUGAACCUAACUCUAGCUAGGAGGCGCUUUUAUUAUGGUCUUUCUGUUUGAAGCCAAAGUUGUUUCACAGCUGUGUUCCAUGAUGAAAGUUUUCCAAGGUAAAACUAUAACUCUUGCAGUUAUUUAACAGAAUUCCAAUGGUAAAUUCUUCAUCUUGUUGGACCAUCUGAAACCCUAUAUCAUUUUUAUUUACCAAAUGUGUUAAGGUAUUUUUCAAUGCUUCCUAUUAAAUUACUUAAGAAGUUUUUUAAAAAGGAAUAUUUGUGUAACUUAUAAAAAGAACGUUUUAGCUGCCUCUUUCUUAAUAUUAUCCAUAGUUUAAGGAGUAAAACUUAAUUAUAAAUUCAUUUAGAUCAGUAGGAUUUAGAGAUCAUAGCAAUUAUUUUAUUACAUAAUUAAAUAAGAUUAUAUCCUACUUAGUUAUUAUAAUAAAAUAUAAAGAGUUGACUAGCCUUUAAUUUUUUAAGCUGCAUACCUCAGGGGCCUUCAAACUUACCAUUGAGAUUUUUUUGGGCAAGUUUAAGAAGAGAAUUCUUGUGGUUAUAUGAAUAUAAAAUAUUUCAUUUUUUUUCUCCUCAAAAAAGAGCUUAUCCAAGCAUGUUGACAUUAAAGUCACCCUCUGGUAUUCCUUUUCUUCUUCCUACUCCGUACUCAGUAACACAUCUCCACAGCAUCCUUUCUGUAAUUCUUUAACUACACAUGUUAUUUUCUGUCUCCCAUAUUGGAAACAAAAGCAGUGAGAAGCUAUAUUUUUUAUUCAUAAACAAAUCUAAAAUUGGUGCUGAAAAUGAGGACUUGGGACUAGAGAGCAUCCUAGAAAUUGUCCAGUCAGAAAACCUCAUCUGAUUACUAAGGAAACUAAGGCUCAAGGAGGAUCAAUAGUUUGCUCAGGGUUAUAGCCUAAUUAAUGACGGAGUUAAUAGUGGUCUAGAAUUUGGAAGCUCAUGAAUUUGAGGCAUAAUUGAAAAUCUGCCUUUAAGCUACCUUUUCUGUCUGUGCAUCCUACUUUGUAAACUUGGAGAAAUAACACUGUGGCAUUAAGUAGAAAGUAUGUGAAGGUGUACAAUUGGAUCAAUUUAAAUACUUUCAGAAAGAUUAUGAUAUGAAAGCACAUUGAGCUAUGAGAAAUAAUACAAUAAAAGUGAGAAUAUUCAUAUAUGGUAAAUAAAACCUCAUUUUAGUAAAUGCCAUUAAAACAUCAAGUUACCUGUAAUGAGGCCAUUUUUAUGUCUUAAAUAUCAGUCUAUAAUAAUAAAACUUUAUUAAUAAUGUGAUUUUUCGAAAAAGGGAAAAUCAAAAAUGUGUUUUCAUUUUGUGCUCAUUUAUUUAAAAAAAUAGUUUGAGAGAAGCUGCUCUAUACUUGGCACUAUGCUAAACACUAAAGAGCGAAUCAGGUAUAAUCUCUGUGUAUAUAGUUUAUAGACUAAUAGAUUAUAGUCAGGGAACUAAAUAAAAACAUCAUGUAAUAACUUCUUACAGUGAAAAUUCUCUUUCUUAUUUAUUAUAAUCAAGAGCUAUGAUAAUAUGGUCAAUAGAAAAUUUGAUAAAAGCAGAGAAUUAUAGAACCUAGACAAAUAUGUGUGUGUGUGCGUGUGUGUGCGUGCUUGGGUUUUAAUUGCAACUUCACAAAGUCAGUCUUAACAAACCACACCCAUGGCAUAAGUCCUACAAGUUCUGGUUAUAGUUUUAGUAAAAUGAAGUAAGACUUUAAAGGCUUUGCAAAGCAAUCGGAAUGAUAAUUUUUUCUAGAUUUUCAUGAUCUCAUUUUAGUCUUUUAUAAUUGCCUCACUCAUACCUAAUCUGAUUGAAUUUUUUAAGUGAUUCACCUUUAACAGGGGUUUCCAAAGUUUCCAACAGUGAACAUUCUGGGCUGGAAGUGCACAGCUCUUUUGAUGGGACUAGAACUGUAUAGAAAUACCAGAGAAUCCAAAGAAUAGGAUCCUACCCUCACACAGUUUGUUUAACAGAGAAAAGGGUUAAAUCUGUCAAGUCCAAUAAAUCAAGAGCUGCUAUAUAAAGGAAAUAUGAGGUGCAAUUGGUAGGGCACAGGUUCCUGUAUGGGUUUCCUAGGGCUGCUGUUACUAAGUACUACAAACUUGGUGUCUUAAAACAACAGAAAUUUAUUCUUUUACAGUUUUGGAUACCUGAAGUCUGAAAUCAAGAUGUUAGCAGGGAUCUAGGGGAAAAUCCUUCCUUACUAUUCCUAGCAUCUGGCAGUUGCCAGCAAUCCUUGGUGUUCCUUGGCUUGUAGAUGUAUCACUGUUUCUGCCUCCAUAGUCACUUGGCGUUAUCCCUGGGCAUCUGUCUUUGUGCCCAGAAUUUCCCUCUUUUUAUAAGGAUACCAGUCAUGUUGGAUUUGGGGCCCUCACUUAAUCUAGUGUAUCCUCAUCAUAACUUGAUUAUACCUGCAAAGACCUUAUUUCCAGGUCAGAUCACAUUUAUAGGUUCCGGGUAGACAUGAAUUGUGGGGGACUCUGUAAAUCCAGUAUAAUUCCUAAGCAAUAUGUUUGUUUAACAAACAUGUAUUUUGGCAAGAUAUAAAGUGCAGUGGCUAUAUUUAAAUGUGUUUUCUGAUUCUGAUAAAUUCAUACUAAAUAUGUUCAAAACUAUCAAGCACUCUAGGAAAUAUGCAGCACAGUUCUUGACACAUAUUAAAAUACAUAUGAAUGGAAAUAUAAAUCACUUUCUUUAAUUUCCAAAAGCUAAUAAUUCAGUAGGACAAGGAAAAACAAUGCACUUGGAAUCACACACUCAGUGGGAUCCUGUAAGUCAGAUAAUUAAGCUGUAAACUGUAUAAUAUAAAGUUUGGUGCCUUUUGCUAGUAUUGAUAACUACGGUUCCAGUACUCUUCCAUAUCAUGGGAGUUCUAAAAGACAGAUUCAAGGCUCCAAGUUCGAACAGAGCACUGAUAAGCAUUGUGAAUUACUUUGCAAAUUAUUCAAAGCGGUAAUUUAUAAGCAACUUACAAGAGAAUUCCAAAAGCAACCUGUAGGAUUUCACUGUUCUUAUUACUACAAAUGUUCAUACAUAUACUAUUCAGAACUACCAGCCAUGAAUCUUAAUAUAAAUAUUUAACACAUUUGCAGUGUUAGAUACAGUGUUCCUUACAAAAAUGAUUUAUAAAUAACAUCCACAUUUUAUUAAGCAUAAUGUUUAUUCUAAUGUUCUAGCUAAAGAGUUAACAGUUCUAAAAUCUAAGAGUUGCAAAUGGCCUAGGGGACUCAUCUAAUCCCAAACUAGAUUCUUCAUCACCUCUAAUAAAUGGUCAUCCAGCUUUAGCCUCUUCAUCUUCAUGUCUCUUACUCCCCAUUGUAUUCCAGUGAAGAUGAGCACAUUUCAGUCUGAAGUUGCCAGUUCCAUAAAUAUAAUACAGUCCUAGAGGCUUUAGAAAGGAAAGAUUUCUUAGAAUAAAGGCCAAACUCCUUUAAAUGGAGUAAAGGCCAAACUCCUUUAAAUGGUUUGCAACUUCCUUCAUGAAUUGGCUCCUACCUGUCUUUUCAUCUUCCCCUUUCCACAUAAUAGUCUUUGUUCCAGCCAUAUUGAAGUUCUUGUAGUCUUUCCAGUACGCCAUAGUCAUUCACCUGCAGGCCUUGGAUGUCCUUCUGCCUGGAAUAUUGACCUUCCUAUUCUCUCAUCUCCCUGCCCUACCCCUUUCCUUUUCUCUGGCUAAUUUCAGCUCAUCCUUUAGAGCUUAGUUGAAAUGUCACUUCCUCACAAAGUUUUUUCCAACCCUACUCACAUUAGUUGAGAUGCUCUCCUAUGUGCUGCCAUCGUACUGUAUCCCUUGUCUGGCACUUCUAAUGUUAUAUCUUAUUGCUUGCUUACUAUUUAAAUAUUCCCCU